CCAGAGCCCCCCGCCCCCAGCGCGGACGAGGACGGCAUCAACCUGGAGGAGAUCCGCGAGUUCGCCAAAACCUUCAAACUGCGGCGCCUGUCGCUGGGACUGACCCAGACACAGGUGGGACAGGCACUGACCGCCACCGAGGGGCCGUCCUACAGCCAGUCGGCCAUCUGCAGGUUGGAGAAGCUGGACAUCCCCCUGAAUGUCCCCAUGUCCCCACUUGUCCCCAAUGUCCCCAGGUUCGAGAAGCUGGACAUCACCCCCAAGAGCGCCCAGAAGCUGAAGCCGGUGCUGGAGAAGUGGCUGCGGGAGGCGGAGCAGCGGCAGCGCGAGGGGCAGCAGCGGCUGCUGGAGUUCGUGGGGGGAGAGCCGGGCAAGAAGCGCAAGCGCCGCACGUCCUUCACCCCGCAGGCCCUGGAGGCGCUCAACGCGCACUUCGAGCGCAACGCGCUGCCCACG